CGCCCGGGCUCGGGGAGCUGGGGCUGGGCCGGCCGGGGGCAGCGUGACAUUCCCGGAGGCAGGAAGGCAGCCGGCAAAUGGAAGAGGAGGCUUUGGCGGGGGGAUAGAGGCCUGGGCGGCGGGGGAGCAGCUGAUGGGGAGAGCGCUGUGGGCAGCGUGAACCGCACGAUGGCUGCGCAGUCCAGCUUGUACAACGAGGACAGAAACUUGCUGCGUAUUCGGGAGAAGGAGAGGCGGAAUCAGGAGGCUCUGCAGGAGAGAGACAAGUUCCCUGAGAAGACUCCUCUCUUUGCAGAACCCUACAAGACUAAUAAAGAAGAUGAGUUGUCAAGCCGAAUUCAGAACAUGCUGGGCAAUUAUGAGGAGGUCAAGGAGUUCAUCAGCAACAAAUCCCAUCAGAAUCUCAUAGGGAUUCCAAAAAAUGAUGCUCCUCUGAUCCCACAAGGAAUGCCUGAUCACCCGUUCUUCCCUGAAAAGACCAGCCAUAUGUUACCUUCUUCAUUCCACCGCACAACCUGCCAUCCACCCAUGGGACCUACAGCUGUAGCUCCUCCCCCUCCAAGCCACUCCAUUCACUACCAAAAGGCACAAACAAGAACAGAACCAGCUUCAAGUUUGCACGCCAGGAGUCACAGCUUAGCCAAUGGUCGGAGUCAAGGUCAAGAACACAGUCGUGGUGGCCAGGAGGGUCACACAGGUUUUCACCACAGGAGAAAUGACAGGCAUGUGAUCAGUGAAGGUCGUGCUAAUGAACUGCAGGCCUCCCUUUUGGCUCUUUCUCCAUUGCUGUCAUCUUUGUCUUCUCCAGUGGCACCCCUGUCACCUCUACAUUCCAGCCAGCGUAUCAAUUCCAGGUCACAAAACAGCAGGAAAAGUCAUGGGCCGACCUACAGUCAAACAAAAUCAUCCCAGGACCUCAUGACAGGAUCACCAGAGAAGGAAGGUCGGGACAGCUCAGCUCUUAACCUGACCAGCACUACUCAGCCUUCCUCUCAGGCUUUCCCCCCACCUUUGCCAUCAAAAACCAGUGCAAUGCAGCAGAAACCUACGGCCUAUGUCAGACCAAUGGAUGGCCAGGAUCAGGCACCAGUUGAAUCCCCAGAGCUCAAACCUGUUCUGGAGGAAUACCGUGGAGAACCCUAUGAAAAAGUCUCUGAUUUGAAGGCAAAUGCCAAAGCCAAACUCUCCAAAUUGGAGAUCCCUUCGGAGCCCCUAGAGCAAACCUUCCCCAGUGAUGUCCACUCCAUUGAAGAAAUUUUGAAGGAAAUGACCCACUCAUGGCCACCUCCCCUGACAGCUAUUCAUACGCCUAGUACAGCAGAGCCUUCCAAAUUUCCAUUCCCAACAAAGGAAUCCCAGUACGUUGGAUCUGUAGCACAGAAUCACAAACAAUAUGAUGCACCUUCAAAACCGCUGCCUAAUUCUCAGCCAAGAACAUCAAUGCUCCAGGACGACCUGCAGCUCAGUGAUAGUGAAGAGAGUGGUGACGACCAAGUUGUUGAAAAGCCACCUUCUUCACUUGCUCCUCCAAGUGCCCUACAGUCCCAGCCCAAGAGUGUGGCAUCAGCACAUUCCAGCAGCCCGGAGUCUGGGAGCACCAGUGACUCAGACAGCUCUUCAGACUCAGAGACAGAGAGCAACUCGAGUGACAGUGAAGCAAACGACCUUCUGAGAGCUUCAGCACCUGAGCCUGACCCACCAACUUCCAAUAAGUGGCAGCUGGACAACUGGCUGACCAAGGUGAACCCACCAGCAGUACCACCAGAGAGCCUCAGCGAAAUUGCCCACGGGGAUGGAUGUGAGGAGGGCAAGGAGCAGGGGCAGGGAAUCAGCAGCAGUUCAUCCCCCCAGCGCGCUGAGCCGAGGGAGCCUCAUCACAAGAGCUCCAGCCGGGCAGGCAGGGCUCCUCAGGAUGCUCCUCUUCCCACCAAACGCAGCUGCCACAAGUCCCCUGUGGGCACUGAGGAGCCCUCACCCAGGCAGACUGUAGGUAGCAAAAGACCCAGCAAGGCCCCAGUACAUGAAGGGCCCAAGGGAGGCCUGAAGGUGGAGAGCGACCCUGGUCCCUUUCAGAUCAGAGACCGGUCUUCCAGAGACAAGCCAAAAGUCAAAACGAAAGGGAAGCCAAAAUCCAGUGAGAGAAAAGACCUGAAACCAGCACUGCAAGAGCCUCCUGAGAACAGAAAGCACAAGAGCUCCCAUCAGGCCAACUCCAAACCCUUGGACACCAAGCUCAUGAGAGACGUUCUGUUUGGCAGUGGCCAGGAGCACCUCGCUCUCAGUCCCCUUCCUCAAGGCCAGGGGACAAGCCCCACCAGGGGUAGCAGCCACAGGCCUGCCAUAGUAGCCAGAGAGGAUUUUCACAAGGAGAAGCUUCCUUUGCCUGUCAACGAGAAGAAGUUGCUCUCACCAGUGAGGGACUCCCCCAUCCCUCCGUCCCUCAUGGUGAAAAUAGACCUUCCUCUCCUGUCAAGAGUUCCCCAGCCCCUUGGGAAAGGCAGUCACCACAAGAGAGCAGUACCCAAGGAACUCUCCAGUACAAGGAAGCAGGACUUGGAGAGGAAAACCACAGACACUCCUGACAAGUCCAUUCAGAAGAGGAAGAGGGAAGCAGAGAAGGAGAUGGAGAGGAAGAAAAUAAAAUCAGAAAAAGAACCUAAAACACUGCAAUCUUCAGCCAGCAAAGACUCCAGUAAAUUGAAGGCAUCAAAAGCUUCAUUUGAAACCCAGAAGAAAGAUCUCCUGCUACCCCCACCACUGCCACCCAUGUCUCCUGCACAUCCUGCACCAAAGUCAACCAAGAUGGCCCAGAAGAGACCCAAAAAUGAGAGCAGUGAGCUGCCUACCAUGGGUAAUGCUGCCGAGAACAAGAGCAACCCCAGGGAUCCCUUGUUCUCCAAGCACAGGAAAGUGGAGAGAAAUCACACUGAACUGUCCAAGGGCAUCAAAGGAUCUGCAGGGGAUGUCACAAAUCCUUUCCCAGUGCCUUCUUUGCCAAAUGGUACCUCCAAGCCAAGGAGACCUCAACUCAAGUUCGAAAAACAGCACCCAAUGGAAUACUACAUAGAAGAGGCCAAGAGGCUAAAGCACAAAGCUGAUGCAAUGGCUGACAAGACUGGAAAAGCCUUUCAGUACCUGGAUGCUGCCCUUUCUUUCAUUGAAUAUGGAAUUGCCUUGGAAUCGGACACGGCGGCACCAAAAUCCGCCUACAGCAUCUUCAGCGACACCAUCGAUCUCAUCAAAUUCAUCAUGACACUGAAAUCCUUUACAGACCCCUCAGCAUCUUCACAGGAAAAAAGCUUUGCCGUGUUAUGCAUGCGCUGCCAGUCCAUCCUGCACAUGGCAAUGUUUCGUUACAAAAAAGACACUGCAAUCAAGUAUUCCAGGAUCCUGAAUGACCACUUCAAGAGUUCUUCCAGAGGAGCACAAGCACCUUCUCCGUGUGUGGCAAGAAGCACGGGCAUGCCUUCUCCUCUGUCUCCAAUGCCCUCUCCUGCUGGAUCUGUGAGUUCCCAGCCAGGAUCCAAUGCUGGCAACUGCAGUGGCAACAGCAUUUGCUCUUCAAUCACUGUCCCCUGUAAUAUCCUAAGCAUGACCUCUUCCUACAUCAACAUCACUUCCUAUAUCCUCUAUGCAUAUGAUAUUUGGGAACAGGCUGAUGCACUAGCCAGGAAGAAUAAGGAGUUUUUUGCUGAGCUCAGCACAGUGACGUGCACUCUGGCACUGAACAGUAGCAUGACAGAACUGGUACACUACACUAGACAGGGUUUACAGUGGCUGAGACUGGAAACAAAUACGCCUUAACUGGUGCUCAAGGUGGUACCUUGAACUUUUUUGCACUUUUGAAGCCUCAGAAACAGUCUUGACUUUUGAAUCUUUGGAUACAAAGCACCUGCAAGGGAAAAGAAAGCAAGGAAUCUGGUUACACUGGAAAAAAACUUUGAACUGUGUCUUUAGGGUAGCACUUUGGUGCCUGGAAAAAGAAGAGAUGGAAUAAAGCCUCAGCGUUGAUGGCACCUUCCUUUAGAUGACAAAGUGCAAUGAAUUGUCUGAAUGGCUCGAUGUAUUGAUGGUCUAUAAACAUUUCUAUGAUGAAUAACCAGCAGGACAAUAAUCACACAUGAAGAAGUGCCGACAAGCAAGGAAUCUGCCUCCAGAGGUUAUUAUGCAACAUCCCAUGGCCUGCAACAGUUUUGUGCCCAGAAGACGUGUCAGAGAAGUGUUUUUGCAAGCACGGGUGCAACCUUGGGUGUCACUGUUCCUCAGAUGGCAAGUAGCAACCUCAUCAGCACCAAACAGCAUUACAAGAAGCAGAGCCAACUGAUCUGCCUUGCCUGCUUUCCAACCUCACCCUCUUGCAUUUGUCAGCCAGCUGCUGUCCUGAUGGCCAGGGGAAGCCACUGCAAGUUCAUUUGUCAAAUCAUGGCUGAUUUGGGCCUCCUCCUUGACAUGCACUCAGGCAAACACAUGCCCUUAGCACUCCAAAAAUGUUACUUAAGAGUCUUGCUGGGUCGAAGCCUUGUAAGCUAAACACAGUUGGGGUGACAAAAUGAUCAGGAGUGGCUGGAAACAGCUCUGCCUCUCUGUGGUGGAGGGAUGUCGCUCACACUGAGAACUCAUUGACCAGUCACUUUCUGUCCUUCAGUUGGUGGGGGUGGACGGCUCUACUGGGUUGUUGCGGUUGCUUGGACAUUGUUGUGGGACUGAGAGCUUACAGAGGGGAAAAUUCACGUCUGUUUAAGGAGGGACUAAGUGGCUAAAUGUGGAACCUCAGACAAAUUCUGCCUUUGGAUAUUUGCCUGCAACAGUUGCUGGUCUCGGUGCAUAUCUAAGAGCAGGUUUGGUGACACAGGAGAGCAUCCUUCAUGUGGGAGGUAGCUCACGUGCUCUUUCUCAGCCAAACUACAGGAUGGGCCCAAACUUAGAACAUCUGUCAAGGGAACACAAAAGGGAAUAAUGGGCUGUUCGCAAGCAUUUCUUCCUUGUCAGGAACUGUGUUUUUGGAAUUGUGAUUCUGCAGGUGACAGUAACGGUGAAGGCAGCAUCCAUGACAUUUGUGUUUUCAGUCAGAUCACACCCUUCUCUACCCAAAGAUUUCCUGCUGGGUGGCAGCAGUGUCCUGCCAUCCUCACAUCUAAUAGUGUUGUGCCUUAGCCCUCUGGUCCCCUCUCGCAUCCCUUGCCCUAUCUCUGACAGGCCCACGAGAUUGGCAAAGAGAAAAAUGGUAUCCCAAAAUAAUUGUGCUUACAGGAAAGGAUUAGCUCCCUUUUCCACAUAAUUUCAGGGUGGAGGAACAGGUCUGCAUGCUUGCAGCAAUACCCCCUUUGUGAAGUACCUGCUUGUGAUUUUGGGGCUCACAAAAAUGGACAGUGAAGAACUAAUCAGCAAAAGGUCUGCAUUUCCAAAAGUAGUUUUUGUGGAAAUGGCCCCUGCCCUGGGGAAGCCUGAAGUCACCUUACCUUUGGGAGAAGCUGGUGGAAGUGUGCUGCCCUAGUCCCAAGCACAAGGGAGCAUCCCUCUCACCUCUCCUGGCAGCACAGGGCCUCCAGGGACCUGGCUGGAUCUUCCUGCACCUUCAAGGGACUGUCCUUUUAUGUUCACUUUAUUCAAAGCCUUAGUGCAUUUCAGGGAUAAACUGUCCUAACCGGUGGAAGGAAGGUCCAUGUCCGCCCCUCCCCAUUUCACCUCUCAAACUUCACUUUCACUCCUUCUCCCAGGAGGAGGGACUGCUCUGGGUAAGGCAGGGACAGAGAGAGGCUCAGCAGUCACUCUGUUGUUCUCAGGAAGUGUGGGGAUGGCCAGCUGGCCUGAAAGCUUGACGUGCACUUUGGAGCUCGAUUCCAGACUGGAACUGAGGCCUUCUUCUGACUUUGUCUUCAAAGCAAGCUAGUUUUUAGGAUCACCAGCUGGAAGGAAGAAAGCUUUAUUGAACCUGAAAACCACUGUGGGAGUCUGCAAGACUAGCCGAGUGUUGGGGGUAAGCAGAAAGUGAAGCAGGGACACCAGUCCCCCUGGUACUUUAAUUCCACGUGCACCCACCUCUCUCCCUGCUGCCAGGCCAGAUUCCUAGCAGGGAGCUGCUUGCUCACACCUUGCCCACCCUGGGGAGACUGCCUGCUGGAAGCUGUGGGGCAGGGACAUGUGGCUUCCUCUGUCCUGCAUCCAGCUCAGUGCCACCCGUGGGUGCACCAGGUCCUGUCCUUGCCUGUCCUUGGGGCACUUUGCUGCCCAGAGAGGGGUUAUCUCUGGUGUCCUGCUACUAGGAAGGCUCAUGUGAGGGCGUUGGGUGAGCAAGUCAGGGAGAAGACACCCAGUGAAGGCAGAUGAAGUCCUGGCCUCUGCUCCUUUACAGUUGGCCAAAGGCAGCACGUGCUGUGCUGCUGUGUGGAGGUGGUUGUGCAAGGGCUGCUCUUGCUCCCAGGGUGAAGUGCCCUGGGCUUCCCAGGGCAUCUCCCAGGAGAUGAGAUCCUGGGCAGUUGGUAUCCCAGGUGUGCAGGGUUUAUUUAGGAGCUCUCAUUUCAAGGGCAAUCAGUGGAAGCAUUAGCAUCAAGCUACAUAGCAGGAAGCUAUGUUUUGUUUCAGGUCAUGGAGAAGACUGUUUAAAUAAUAGGAAAUUUUGAAAAAGCCAUCGUGUUUCAAUCUUGAGCCAGGUCAGAGGCCUGCAAAGGGUUGGGAAAGAUGCUCAUUGUUUUCACUUGGGCCUGUUCAGGCCUUUAAAAGAAAAAAAAACAAAAACAUAACCCAAACCAAAACGUAAGUGGAGGAAAUAGCAUUUGCCAUUAGGAAACAAAACCAUGAAUCCAAGGAAAACCAGAGGUGAUGGUUGAGUCCCAGGAGAGGAGGCAGCUAUGGUGGCAAAGCAGCAUCAUUUCCAUGCAAUAUUUAUUUAGAAGAAAUAAUACAUGUGAUGAAAUGGUCAAAUGUUCUAUUUUUAAGAUGCCAUUAUUUAAUAGUUAAAAACCCCACUCACAUGGAGAUAGAAAUGUCUUCUGUAACUGAAAGUCAAAGUGUGACUGCAACGUCCUUGUUUUUGGUUUUGUCCUCUCCCCUCCCUCUUGGUUCCCCCUAUAAAUCUGUACAUCUUAACCUUAUGUUGGGGAUCUAUGUCCCUCUUGUAAAUAACUUUUUUUCUGCCCUGUGUGUGAUGGAGUUUCCGAGAUGGUUGAUUCAUUCAUAUGGGGAAAUAAACAAUAAAUGAAGUAGC